UCAUUAUUUCCCCCAACUUUCUGUUUUUUUUUUUUUUUCUUUCUUUCUUGAGAAAACCCAAAAACUCUUCUUCUCUGCUUCUCAAAUCAGUACUCCUUCUUCAAUGGCGGUUUCUUCUUCGUCUAUGUGUUUAAACGCUGGUCGACUGCCCCCAGCUCGAUCGAUUUCUUCUCCGUCGCGUCUGUUCCCAGUGACUAGCUUCUCCCCUCGCUCCCUACUUAUCUCCGAUAGACGAUCCCUGGUAUCUUCAUCUGGCUCUGGCCUCCGAUUCUCUGCUCUCUGCCUGCGUGAUUCCAAAGCUGAAGUUACACAAAGUUCGUGGGAAAACUCGGUCCUGAAAAGCGAAACGCCUGUGCUUGUAGAAUUCUACACUAGUUGGUGCGGUCCAUGCAGGAUGGUCCACCGGAUAAUAAACGAAAUUGCAGGGGACUAUGCUGGAAAGCUAAACUGCUAUGUCCUGGAUGCAGACAGUGACUCGUUGGUGGCUGAAGAGUAUGAGAUCAAGGCUGUACCUGUAGUGCUCCUCUUCAAGAACGGUGAGAAACGAGAGUCGAUCAUGGGUACAAUGCCCAAAGAGUUUUACAUUUCCGCCAUUGAAAGAGUUUUGAACUCGUGAAGUAGGUAACAUCAUUGAUGAGAAUUUCUCACUAGCACUUUGAUAUGAAUGGCUUAAUAUCUCAUUGAUACCCAAGAACUGUGUCUUCUCUCUCGUGUCUGAACCUCUUUUGAGUUUUCUUUGUGCUUUUGUGUUCUGUGAAUAUAACCGGUGGAUUUGUGGGAAGAUGACUCGGGCAUUAUUGUGAAUACACACAUUUUCCAUCUUCAAUUUAUCUAAGUUUUGUUA